CUUUCCCCGACGGACGCAGAUUGGACACACCAUCUGCCCUCAGGAGCCGGGGCCUCGGUGCCCGUUUCAACGAGCAGGAGUUUUGGCUGGCGGAGAACACGAGAUCUACCACGAGCCGGAUUCAGCGCCAAUGGGUGGUCAGCAGACAUGCAAGGUGCCUAAGUGUGAGAAGUCGGUCAGCUCUGCCAGCAGUUUGUGCAUCAACGGCUCAAAUCUAUUGGCAAUGAGUACCAGCCUGUACGUCAGCCUGUCGCUUCUCAGCGUCGUCACGGCGGCUUCCUUCAGCAACGGCAAUCACGGACUCCCCUCCUUCGCGCAGCUGCCAAACGUUCGGCAUGAUCCAUCGAGAAUCAUCAGGCGUCGCUUUCGGCAUCUCCCGCUGCCUCACGUCCAGACAAUCACUGCCCCAGUUUCGGCUGAUGAAUCAGCCACAAAGGAUGCUGCUGCAGUAGAUUUCGGGCGAGUCGCAGCACUACAGCAGGCGAUUGCUGAUGGCACUGUGACGGCGGUGCGGACGACGCUGUCUGACUCCAUCAAGAACCACUGUCGGCUUGGGGCGAGAGGCCGACGGACGCGGAUCUUUGUGGGAACAGACAUUCUGGAGAGGGGAGCCAUUGAUGAGCUGUGGGAGAGUGUGCACGUUGCCUUUCCUAUCUUGAGGAAGAUGGACAUCCCCUCCCACCUCUAUGCGGCCUAUGGCGGCGGGGAGGCUGCGGUCGAAGGUGACGCUGAUGUGGUUGACUCUGCUCAUGCCCUCAAGUCUGUAUGGUCGAAAGCACACUCACGUGGUGAGAAGCUGGGACUGCUGGUCAGGCCUGACGACAGCAAGUGGCCGCCCCCUCUCCCCGAGUGGCUCGUCGACUGCCCUGAUCCGACCGAGAGUCCCACCAUGACGCUCGUCUCCUUCUAUCGUUUCACGCCGAUAGAGGACCCGCAGUUGAUGGCCGAGAGUUUCAGGAAGCUGUGGGAGCCGCUCAAGGCGCUGGGGAGGGUAUAUGUGGCGUCUGAGGGAGUGAAUGCCCAGAUGGCUGUGCCGACAAACGUCCUCUCGGCCUUUGCACGAGCCUGCAACAGCACCUCUGUCCUCGACGGCGUCCCACUAAACUGUGAUGUGGCCAUUCCAAUGCUCGAGUAUUGGGGCGACCAAGGUUCUUUCGAGAGAUGGAAGGAGGAGAACCCGUCAGAUGUUCACAUGCAGCACGUCCCCCGCGCAUUUGCACAUAGCGAUGACCAAAGUGACGAGAGCAGCGGGGAAGACCCGUCCCUCUCGCCGCGACGAGCGGUGCCUGGCAGGACGCGGGCGCCCUUCGAGAGGCUGCACAUCCGUGUCCGCAAGCAGAUUGUGGCUGACGGGUUGAUGAGGCCGCUGGACUGGGGGAGGGAGACUGGGAGGGAAGUGUCCCCCGAGGAGUGGCAUGAGAAUGUCAAUCGUUCGGAUGUCCUGGUUCUCGACUGCAGGAACACGGUGAGUGAGCGGCAAGACAGCCGUGAGCAUUAUGGUAUGGAUUGUUCGGUGUUGGUGCGUAGUAUGAGACGGACGUCGGCCGAUUCGACACAGCCGUGCCACUCAAUACGACCUACUUCCGCGAGAGCUGGGAUGCGCUAAACGAGACGCUCAAGGACGUCGACAAAGAGGCGCCUAUCAUGAUGUACUGUACUGGUGAGCGAGUCAAGAACACCAAACACAUCAACCGCCUGGCACUAAGCGUCGCUCUCGCCCCCCUGCGUGUCUGUAGGUGGAAUCCGCUGCGUCAAGACCGGCGCGUACCUCGUCCAAGAGCUCGGCUUCCGCAAUGUGGGACGGCUUGAAGGCGGCAUCAUCAACUACGCCAAAUACGUCAAGGGAAAAGGCCAGCCCUCACUAUUCAAGGGCCGCAACUACGUGUUCGACAACCGCAUGGGCGAGAACAUCACCCCUGACGUGCUGGCCCAGUGCGUGCAGUGCGGGAAGCCCUGGUCGCUGCACACCAACUGUCGAUAUGAGCGGUGCCACGUGCGGUUCCUGCAGUGCGACGAAUGUGCCGAGAAAUACGGGGGAUGCUGCUCACGGUAGGUGGGGGCCCGACACAUGCUGAUGCAGCACUCCGUUCCAUCUUUAUGGUGCAUUCUUGUCUUGUCAGGGGCUGUCAGCGGCAGCAUGAGCGGUCUCUUGUCGAGACAGACACACAUGCAUCAUCCGACGGAGGAUGGCUGGAACCGCCCUUCCAAAACGCGCAGCUCAAUCGUAUGUUCGAUGAUGCACUCGAGGCCUACGCAGAGCAGCACUCGACGAGCGAGCCCCCCCUGCUGGCCGACCUGCGGCAGCGUACAGCGGCGGAGAUGCCUCAUGCCCUCCGCAUGCUCAGCGGGCCAUUGGUUGGGCGCCUCUUGGCCACAUUGUCGCGCCUUUUGCGACCGGAAAGGAUACUUGAGAUAGGUGAGAGAGGACCGAUACACGGUUGCAUGUUCCUGUUCACUUUCUUGCUCUGUGGGGUGUGCAGGGACGUUCACUGGGUACAGCGCUGUGUGUUUCGCUGAGGGCUUGGCUGAUGGAGGGCAGCUGGUGACGAUUGAGAGGGACGAGCGUGCCGCAGCCAUCGCACGAGAGUUCUUCGACAGGUCGCCGUUUGGCCCGUCUAUCGACCUGCGUGUGGGCAUGGCCGCCGACGUGCUGCCUCAUCUCCGGGGCCAGACAUUCGACCUCGUGUUCAUCGACGGCGACAAGAAGAAGUACAAGGAAUAUUAUGACUACAUCCUGGAGGAGGGAAUGCUGUCGGCCAGGGGCCUGAUGCUUGUGGACAAUGUGCUCUGGAAAGGCGGCGUUUUGCUUUCUGAUGGUGAGACGAGCGAUCGGUACAAUGAGUGGCUGGCCAAUGAAGAAACGAGGAGAGGUCUAUCGGGCGAUGACAGUAGAGAUGGCGAGAGAAGGGAGGCUGAUUUAGUGAAGCUUAGGAAGCGUCAUGAGUCGUUGUGGCGUGCCAUGGAUGAGUUCAAUCGUCAUGUGAGGGAUGACCCCAGGACAGAGCAGGUCAUCUUGCCUAUUCGGGACGGACUCUCGGCAAUAAGAUUAAAGGGUUGA